AUGUCUACGCCAUCGCCGUCAGUACGUCCGACUGUCCGGCCUUCUGCCUCGCACACUUCUCAGAGAAAUCCGAUCUCGGCUCGGCUAUACAAACUCCUUGGAACGAGCUUUGACGAUAAUGCAACAAAAGAAGCCUUGCAGACCUUGUCCGAACUUUACGCGACCCAAUCCACAAUUACUCCCAGCAAGGGCAAGGAAAUCGUACACGACACUUUGGACGAUAAUGAUACCCACGACCUUGAACUCGACGGAUUCAGGACGUCACGCGCCAACACAUCUCACACCUUGGUAGAGUCCAUCCCUGGAGAGACCGCUGCAACGGCACGGAGGCAUCUAAAGCGAGACAUGGAGAACAGGCUCGCCGAAGGAAGCCACGAGUUCCUUAAUGCACUAGGAGAAGUGUCGCAGAGAUUACAAGCUCUGCAGCUGCACAUUGAUAUCCUACACGCCAGCUGUGAUGAGGCAGAAGCCCAACUAGACGUCACGAAGGAGUCAAGCAAGGCAUUGCUUGAACAUGCUGGAAAUGUCGCCAACGAGAAAGAGCAGGUAGAGAACAAGAUAUCAAUAGUGAACUUGUUCCUUGCCAAAUUCACGUUGAGUGAAGAGGAGGUCAAGUCCUUAACUUCUAAAGACGUCCACAUUGGCAAAGCAUUCUUUGACGCCAUGGAUAAGACAGAACGCAUUCGCGACGACUGCAUGAUCUUGAUGAGUGGUGAGGAGGGCCCCACCAAAGUUGGCUUAGACAUUAUUUCCAAUACAUCAACUCACUUAGAGGCGGCCUAUGAGAAGAUAGUGAGCUGGUGUUCCUACGAAUUCCAGCAAAUGGGACGCGAGCCGCAGCUAGAGGUAGGCACGACGAUGAGGGAGUCAGUUCGGCGGCUUCGCAAACGGCCAGAGCUUUUGAAUGAAGCACUGGGGCAAUUGUCAGAGACGCGUCAGACUGCGCUUCUAUCAUCGUUUAUCGCUGCAUUGACUAGGGGAGGCCCAUCUGGCCUACCUCGCCCCAUUGAACUUCACGCGCACGAUCCUAUCCGUUAUGUCGGCGACAUGCUGGCAUGGGUCCAUCAAGGGAUCGCGGCCGAACGCGAAUUCUUGGAGAGUCUCUUUGAUCUUAGAGGUCAUCGCCGAAUGGUCGGAAGCGUUCGUGACUUCAGUUCUAUGAGCGAGGAAGAGGAGUGGAUUCGUGAGCUGAUGGAUUUAGCUGUGGCUAAAUUGUGUGUUCCAUUGAAAGUCCGGGUACAGCAGACGAUACGAUCACAAGAAAGCAGCAUAAUGUCCUUUAAAAUCGCGAAUCUGCUCCAAUUUUACAUGUUGACCAUGGUUCGCACCAUCGGAGAAGGGGCUUUGUUAUCCAAAACUCUAAACGAAAUCACCGACGCGGCUUACAAGGUGUUCUAUACUGCUAUUGAGUCACAAGCCAGCGCCUUGAACCGUGAACAUAUGAAUCUUGACGAUACUUCCUUGACACCACCCCUUUCAAUACUCGACCACGCACAAAUUCUGCGAGAGAUCAUGAACGUGUAUCAAUCUUCACUCAUUGGCAACGAGGCUGAUGAGGAAGAGAAGGCCGCCUUCGAACGCAUCGCUGAUGUCAUGAUCGACCCUGCGGUUGAAACAUGUAUGAAGGCGGGCCAGGAGAAGCAGCGUCUGCGCCCUUCAUGGGAUCAGCCAAUAUUUGUCCUCAAUUGCCUGACGCAUCUUCAAAGUGUCCUCGAAGCCUGCUCGUUCACUAUGAAGAAGCAAGCAUGGCUGCAGGCCAUCAUAGAUGACCAUGUCUCGCAACUGACAGAGGAACACUAUCACAAUCUUCUAGUAGAUGCCGGACUGGAGACUGUAAUUCAAGCAUGCCAGACGAAAUCCGCAACGGAACCACUGUCUCGUCUCCCUGCCACGGAGCCGGCCAUGCUCCAGAGAGCCCUGCAACACUUCUCUGUUUGGCUUUCCGGACUCGAAGUUGUUCAGUCGCCGCGACUCACGCAACUCACUGUCCAACGCCUACACAGCCAGAUUCAUCACGCGGCACUCAAACGUCUCCUUGAGGCGUACCAACUGCUUUGCGACGAGGUGAAGAAACCUAGCAAUAAGUAUGAGGCUGCGUCGACGCUCCUUGGCAGCGAGCGGCCAUUUGGUCAGGUCAACAUCUUGAGACAGAUUUUUGGCUUAGAAGGUUGA